AUGGCCGCGUCUCGGCACACGCUGAGGCGCCUCGGCGUCCUUGCGGUUGCGGCGCUUGUUGCCUUGGCGUGUGGGCAGGCAUCUGAGGCCGGGAAGCUGAGCAACUUCAGUCGCCUGGGCUCCGCUUUCCGAGCUUCCUCUCCGCAUUCAAAGAGGAAGCCAGAUGCGCCGAACGGGGAGAACGAGGCGCCCGCGAGUGAGUCGCCGGGCGCCUCCCACGCGGUCGACAGGUUCCUAGAUGCGCUCUCGAGCUUUGCGACCCAAGUGGGGAAGGACGUGAAGAACGGCGUCUUGCAGCAGGUAUCGCAGGUGCUCACGUCGGAAGCGUACAAGAAGGCGAAGCACUUUGUAGUCCGGACGCCCAUCAACAUGAGCAGCGUGAGGCAUGACUUGCGGAUCUUUGGGUACGGCAUGGUUUACUUUUUGCGCGCCUACAGUCAAGUGCCGCCGGAGAAGCGGCCCCCUCUGUACAAACGUCUGUUCGACACCAAUUCGAGCCUGCGGCGUGUGCGGCGCAAAUAUUUGCAUCUCGAAGCCUACCUGGCUCCAGACGAAACGUUUGAGGCCUUGGACACUCUCCGAAACAUCAUUUUGGAAGUCCAGGCGGUGCUGGAGCGGGAGACGCAACACGAGCCCGACCGGCCGCGGAAGACCCUUCAGGAGAUCCGUGGGCAAAGCGGCGAAGUCCGGCGCGUCUUCGAAGCAGUCUAUACCCAGUUGGCGAGGGUUUUGUCGAUCCUCAGCUUCGUUCUGACGCAAGAAGAAACGGUCCUGCCCGAGCUCGGCGCGUUCACUCGCCAGAUGAUUCCGCGUAUGAAGAGACUGUUCACCGCAGCGUGGCGCCUGAGCGCGUUCAUGCCCCCGCGGAAUCAGCUGGAAAUCCGACGCACGCUAGUGGACUAUUUGAACGACUUCGCGGUGAUCAAUUUGGGCUUGGGGGACUUUGCGAUAGAAAUCCUAGCGUCGACAAAAAUCGACAGGUCGUAUGACCCCAAGGACGACUACUACGCAGUGCCUGAGUUCCAGACAAGCAUCCUCGAUCUCGAGGAUCAAGACGCGUUCAAUCCACCUGGACGCGUCCUUUUCAGCGACGGAGCAGACGACAAGGCGAAACCCUAA